CUUGGACUUAGAGAAAUGAAAUGAAAUUGUAAAAUUGCUCUUACAAAAUGAAACUUAGCUAGUCAGUUGUGGUUAGCUCUAGUUUGAAGUAGUUAUCUUUUAAGUUUGUUAAGUUGGUUUAAGCCAUCUGUUCAAUCAAUCUUAGCAAUGUUUAAUUAUGAUUUUUUUACAGGAAAUUAUCGGUUUUAUCAUCUAUGCAGUAUUUUGCCUUGAGUUCAUAGCUGGGAUCCGUGUUGCAAUUUUGUAAAAAUUAUUAUUAUUAUUGGGGUAUUUGAGUGAUCAUGGGAUCUGCUUGUUGUGUUGUCGCAAGGGACACAAGCAUUCCAAACAGAACAGGACGUGGGACUUUGCAUAGAAAUGUGAGGUGUUCGCCAUCAUGGAGCUUCUGCCAAGAUAAUCGAAGGCAUGUAGCUGGUGAAAUUGAUGAGCCUUCUUAUCAGGUGUCGAAUGGAACUAGCAGAAAUGUUAGCAUGGAGGUAAAAGAGACAUUAGGAUCUGAUAGAGGUAAUCUUUCUGAUCAAGGAGGUCCACUUGAGAUUGAGACCUACGAAACUCCCAUUUCUCAAAAAUCACCGGUCCAUGAAGACAUGGGUGGGAAUAUGAUGACCCCUCCUUCAGACAUAUCAAGAGCAAGCAAUUAUUCAGUUGAUGGGAAGAAUUUGGAAGAAUUGCCUAAUAUCAUUUAUUCCUCUACACCAAAUCUUUAA